AGCGCCAGGGCGACGCGGUCCUUGCAGCCCGGCAGCGGCGGCGGCAGCAGCGGCAGCAGCGGCAGCAGCAGCAGCAGCAGCAGCGGCGGCAGCAACAACAGCAGCAGCAGCAGCAGCUUUGCGGCGCCCGUUCAGCCACACACACCCUUGGCAGCCAGACGUUGCCCUUUUAAGAAGCCCGGGUGCUGGCUCAGGUAGGCAGAGCCUGUGUGCAGUAGUCGCUCCUAUGGCAACCCAAUAGAAUGGGAUCGCUUCAUGAAUAUUCCCAGGAGCAGGGGCUGCAUGAGGAAUAAGUGAUGACAGUGAUGUAAGCAAGCAGUGGCUGCUGCAGGUUGCAGUUCAUUGUGUUAUUGGCCGGCAGGUUGAGGAGUUUGAGGCACCCGGGCUUGAGCUUCUCUUUCCGGAUGAUGUCUGCCCGCCGGGAGACACAGCACAUUUGCAUCUCGAAGCCAACAUGGCAAGGCGGCUGCUGCUGCUGCUGCCUCUCUCCCUCUCCUUCCAGCCAGAAGAGUGUGGCUCUCCUCUAGACUUCUUGCCCAGUGCUCUGGAUCUGAGCAGACAGGGAUUGCAGUAACACUCACCAAGGGGAGACAAGCAGCAAGUAGCCAAAUCGGGACAACGGAGGAGGUGGGGGGGGACUUUUUUGCCUUCCCUCUUUUUUUUUCCUUCCCUUCUGGAUGCAGAGCCUGUGUUUUGAUGCAGAGCCUGUGGAUGCCACAGUCUGGUAAGGAGAUGACACGCCAGUCUCUGGUCCCUUCUGCCCCUUGAGCUGGGGGUAGGGGCCUGGGGGCAGUGACGGUUCCCCUCCUUGGGCAGAGCAGGGGGGUCUCUCCCUCUAACUGAGCAGCAGGAGCAGCAGCAUCGGCCAUGGACAAGCUGCCCCCCUCCAUGCGCAAGAGGCUCUACAGCCUGCCCCAACAGAUAGGACCCAAGGCGUCGAUCAUGGACGAGGAGGAAGACAGCGACAAGGACACCCGGAGGAAGAGCAUCAGGCUGAAGCCACUGCCUUCGCCCUCUGCUGGGAGCACCCGGGCACUCGGGGGAGACCCCGGCAGAGGGGGGGACCCCGGCCUCCAGGAGACAGAGGCAGGCAGCAAGGGCGCCAAGACCAGCACCAAUGGGGACUGCCGCCGCUUCAAAGGGAGCCUGUCCUCGCUGACCAGCAGGCACCUCCACGACGCGGCCGAGGAGAAGAGGCUGAUCGGCGGUGAAGGGGAGCCGGCUUCACCUAGUGAGGACAAGAGCCCCCCCAGCAGUGGGGAGCUGGAGCAGGGACUGCCAGCGCCCCCACCACCAGCAUCCCCCCCGGAGCCCCAGCAGCAGCCCCCCCGGGCUUGCUCCUCUACCUCCAUCAAAGUGGAAGGAGGAGGAGGGUGCGACCAGAUCACCCCAGAUGAGGAGCAGAGGCUGGGCCAAGCUGGUUUCAUGCAGAGGCAGUUCGGGGCCAUGCUCCAGCCGGGGGUCAACAAAUUCUCCUUGAGGAUGUUUGGCAGCCAGAAGGCCGUGGAGAGGGAGCAGGAAAGGGUUAAGUCUGCCGGGUUCUGGAUCAUCCAUCCCUACAGCGACUUCAGGUUUUACUGGGAUUUGACCAUGCUGCUCCUGAUGGUAGGGAACCUGAUCAUCAUCCCUGUGGGCAUCACUUUCUUCAAGGAUGAAAAUACUACCCCAUGGAUUGUCUUCAAUGUGGUUUCAGACACGUUCUUCCUCAUCGACCUUGUCCUCAACUUCCGAACAGGCAUUGUGGUGGAGGACAACACAGAAAUCAUCCUAGACCCACAGAGGAUCAAGAUGAAGUACCUGAAGAGCUGGUUUGUGGUGGAUUUUAUCUCCUCCAUCCCUGUGGACUAUAUCUUCCUGAUCGUUGAAACCCGCAUUGAUUCUGAGGUGUACAAGACAGCCCGGGCACUGCGCAUCGUACGCUUCACUAAGAUCCUCAGCCUCCUGCGGCUGCUGCGGCUCUCCCGGCUCAUCCGCUAUAUUCAUCAGUGGGAGGAGAUCUUCCACAUGACCUACGAUCUGGCCAGUGCGGUGGUGCGGAUUGUGAACCUGAUUGGGAUGAUGUUGCUGCUGUGUCACUGGGAUGGCUGCCUCCAGUUCCUUGUGCCUAUGCUGCAGGACUUCCCUGACGAUUGUUGGGUGUCCCUCAACCGCAUGGUGAAUGACUCCUGGGGGAAGCAGUAUUCCUAUGCGCUGUUCAAGGCAAUGAGUCACAUGCUCUGCAUCGGGUAUGGGCAGCAGGCGCCCGUUGGCAUGUCAGAUGUGUGGCUCACUAUGCUGAGCAUGAUUGUCGGUGCCACCUGCUAUGCCAUGUUCAUCGGCCAUGCCACAGCCCUAAUCCAGUCUCUGGACUCCUCACGGCGCCAGUACCAGGAGAAGUACAAACAAGUGGAACAGUAUAUGUCUUUCCACAAGCUCCCAGCAGACAUGCGGCAGCGCAUCCAUGAUUACUAUGAGCACCGCUACCAGGGAAAGAUGUUCGAUGAGGAGAGCAUCCUGGGAGAGCUGAGUGAGCCCCUCCGAGAGGAAAUCAUAAACUUCAACUGCCGGAAGCUGGUUGCCUCCAUGCCCCUCUUUGCCAAUGCAGAUCCCAACUUUGUGACAUCCAUGUUGACCAAGUUGCGGUUCGAGGUGUUUCAGCCAGGGGAUUACAUCAUCCGGGAGGGCACCAUUGGCAAGAAGAUGUACUUCAUCCAGCACGGGGUGGUGAGCGUCCUCACCAAAGGCAACAAGGAGACCAAGCUGGCAGAUGGCUCCUACUUUGGAGAAAUUUGCCUGCUGACCCGUGGGCGGCGCACAGCCAGCGUGCGAGCUGAUACCUACUGCCGGCUCUACUCCCUCUCAGUGGACAACUUCAACGAGGUGCUGGAAGAGUAUCCCAUGAUGCGGCGAGCUUUUGAAACCGUGGCUCUUGACAGGCUGGACAGAAUUGGCAAGAAAAAUUCCAUUCUGCUGCAUAAAGUCCAGCAUGACCUCAAUUCGGGUGUUUUCAACUACCAAGAGAAUGAGAUCAUCCAGCAGAUUGUGCAGCACGACAGAGAGAUGGCACACUGUGCUCACAAUGUCCAGGCUGCCGCUGCUGCUGCUGCCGCUGCCGCAUCCACACCCACCCCCGUCAUCUGGACUCCACUGAUCCAGGCACCCCUGCAAGCUGCAGCAGCCACCACUUCUGUUGCUAUAGCUCUGACCCACCACCCACGCCUCCCGACAGCCAUCUUCCGUCCUCCAGUGUCCGUCUUGGGUUCCUUGGGACAGCAAUCCAACCAGACUCCAAGACAGCUGAAAAGGCUUCAGUCUCUAAUCCCAUCCACUGGCCCUUCUGCCAUUGGCUCUCCCUCCAGUACUCCAUCCCAGCUGCAUACACCAGGAGCAGAAACCCCUUCAUCCUCUUCCUUCCACAUCCAGCAGCUCGCAGGAUUCUCAGCUGCCGCCGGCUUAGGCCAGUUCCAGGUGGGAUCCCCUCCAGGUGGCUCAAGCCAGCCGGGUUUGAGCGGUGCAUCCUCAGUGGGACUGAGCCAGUUCCAACAUGCACCUUCUGGAUCACCCUUGGGUACAGCUCAGUCCAUGCAGCAGCAACAGCAGCAGCAGCAGCAGCAGCAGCAGCAGCAGCAGCAGCCAGCCCUUUCCAGCAGUGGAUUUGGGCACUUCCAGCAAGCUACAACUAGCUCCCCAUCAACAUCACUCACCCAGCUCUCAUCAAACUCACCCCCUAGUCUUCUCAACCAGUUCCAGCCCACCACAAGACCACUGCAGGGGGGACAGUUACAGCAGCUCUCAGGCAGUGGGACUUUGGGGGGAAUUAAUCACUUCCAACCCCCUCCUUCUUCCAACUCUCCAUCCUCCAGCCUAAGCCAGCUAGCACAGGCCUCUGGUGGGCCGUCCUCAAGCCUGUGCCAAACACAUCCAAGUGCAUUAGGAUCUUUAACUGGAACGAUAGCCCAACUCCACCAAGAACGGCCACCUUUUGCCUCCAUGUCUCCACUACAACAGUCUGGUGUCGCCUCUCCCUGUUACACCCCUUCUGGCCUUAGUCCUCCUAGUCAGAGCCCAGUGGCAACAAGAACUUUUCAAUGUGGCCCUCCGGGGGCCUCAGGCUCUCACGGAUCUCUGCUCCUGCCUCAGACCGCCAGCCCACCUCCGCAGAUACUGCAGUCCAAGAGCACGCCACCUGUGCCACCGGGACGUCUGAACCAGGACAUCAAGUUGAUUUCUGCUUCCCAGCCAUCUUUGCCCCAAGAGCUGGCUCAGACACUGAGCCAAAGUUCUCCUCAUUCCUCUAGAGAAUCCAUUUCCAGCUUCUCUCCUUUUCCUGGUGGAGGGACUGGACUUCUUGGGAAGCCUUGUAGCUCAAUUCCUGGGCGUGUGACUUUACCACGUCAGAUGUCCUCAGGUUCUUUACCGCAUCCGCUGGUGUUUGGGGCCAGCGCUGCAGGAGCUGCUUCUCUGACUGCUGGUGGGCGGAAAGAAUCCAUAGUGCUCACAGGGGAUCUGGAACCUGUCAGAUCCAAACUGCCCUCCAAUUUGUGAGGACUCCUUCUGAGAGCUGGUUAUGUCAGCCGUGCAAUUCAGUUCCUGAUUAGACUUUCAUGAAUCAUUUUUUCCUUUUCUCCCCCCACCCCCGCUUUUUUUCUCCAUUUCUUUUGUUUAGGUUUAACUGUGAUUAGAAACAAACAAAAAACACAUGAAAAACAACAAAAAAAGAA